UUUGUAAAGACUUUCACAUACUGCUAAAUAUGAUUUAUUUUUUAUCGAUAAUGAAUUUUUUAUAUAUAAUUUAACAUAAUUUUUAUCAUUCUUCAAACAUGAGGAAUUUUCAAAACUUGCGACUCCUCCUAAAGAGUUGAUCAUCUCACUUAGCCCCGACACAAAAAUAUAUUAUAUUAUUUCUUACGAGAUUAAAUUUUUUUCGUUAAAAACAUAUUCGAAUUCUUAGCUGAUUCAUUGGAAUAUAAAUAUAAUUUUUAGACAUUAUAAAUUUAGUAACUGUUGACUUUCGUCCAAGUAUUUAAUAUAUUUAAUUUAAAAAAAAACAUUUUCGGCAGAAUAUUCUUCGAAUAUUUCUUGACGCGGAAAGAGGCGAAUUUUCUCAAAAACAUGUUUUCCCUAACAAUUUGUGUUGAAUUCGGGAUCAAAAUUAUUUAUUUCCUAAAUUCUUAAUUUUUUGCAUUUAUUUUAAAAAAUAAAAAUUAUGCUUUGUUAAAUAGGCGAUCAUUUUUUUUUAAAAAAAAAUCAAUAAAAUAGUAUUACUUCUUCUCCUCCCCCCAACCAUAUUCAAAAUAUCGGAUAUCCUAACAUUUUAUAUAUAUUUACGACUUACUCCCCCCUUCUAUCCUGAAGAGGUUAUUGUGCCAUAUGAAGAAUCAUUUCGACCUCAUUUUAAGCUAAAACAAAACUUUACUUUUUCGCGCAUUCCUCGCUCCCAACCGCCGUAAAUUUCGAUAUCAUUAUCAUUUUAAUCCUUCUAUAAAUCAUGGCACCCCACCAAAAACAAUCCACCAAUCAACCAUACGCCACUCCAAUCCCCGGCUCGGGUUUUGGGGUCACCGUGGCUCAAUUGAGACAGCUAAUGGAGGUCAGGGGAGAGGAGGGUAUCCAACGAUUGGACUCCGAGUUCGGUGGUGUACAGGAAUUGUGCAAGAAACUUAAAACCUCACCCACAGAAGGGUUGUCCGAAUCUCCGACGGAAGACGAGAUCAGAGUUAAGGCAUUUGGCCGCAACGAAAUACCCCCCAAACCGGCCAAAAGUUUUUUGCGUUUGAUAUGGGAAGCUCUGCAAGACGUCACUCUGAUAAUACUACAAAUUUCGGCCCUUAUAUCGCUCGGCCUCUCCUUUUACAAACCGCCAAUUGAUUCGCAAAUGAGCCACGAUGAAGGGGAGAGCAAAGCCGGGUGGAUAGAGGGCACUGCCAUACUCAUAUCCGUGAUAGUGGUGGUUGUCGUGACGGCUUUCAACGAUUGGAGCAAGGAAAAACAGUUUAGGGGUCUACAAAACAAGAUCGAGCACGAACAUAAAACAGCUGUCAUAAGGAAUUCGGAGCCCCUAGAGAUACACGUACAGGACAUCAUGGUGGGCGAUAUUUGUCAAGUUAAAUACGGCGAUUUAUUACCUGCCGACGGAAUAUUACUGCAGAGCAAUGAUUUGAAAGUGGACGAGAGUUCCCUCACUGGCGAAUCCGAUCUGGUCAAAAAAGGUCCUGAUACCGAUCCUAUGCUCCUAUCUGGGACCCACGUUAUGGAAGGCAACGGGAAGAUGGUAGUGACAGCGGUAGGACUCAAUUCUCAAACUGGUAUAAUAUUCGCGCUCCUGGGCGCUGCUCAAAUGGGAGAGGAUGUUCCGCCUCCCCCUUCUACCACGCCUCAACCAUCUGUACCCACUCAUCUAAAAAACGGAACUCCUACCUACGGCAAUUCACACUCACCCAAUAGUCAAGCCUACUACGGUUCCGAACAAGGUAAGUCCCCUUCUCCCAACGGGGUAGAUAAUACCAAAUCUCUCGUCACUCCUCAAGGCGCGUCCGUGGCAUCAGCAGAAACCGCGCUCCCUCCUCCCGAAAUGAGGCGGAAAGAACAGUCGGUACUUCAAGCGAAACUCACCAGGCUGGCUAUACAGAUUGGAUACGUGGGUUUCGCGAUCGCAGUUCUUACCGUAAUUAUACUAAUCACGAGAUUUUGCAUCAAAACAUAUUGGCUCGAGAAAAGUCCCUGGCAAGGCAACCACGCACAGUAUUUCGUCAAAUUUUUCAUAAUAGGCGUGACUGUCUUAGUUGUCGCGGUUCCGGAAGGCCUGCCAUUGGCGGUUACUUUAUCCCUGGCUUAUUCUGUUAAGAAAAUGAUGCACGACAACAAUUUGGUUAGGCAUUUGGACGCUUGCGAAACUAUGGGCAACGCCACUUCCAUUUGUUCCGACAAGACGGGCACAUUGACCACCAACAGAAUGACCACAGUUAGAGCCUACCUCGAGGGUAUUAUACAACCUAAAAUUCCCAAAUUCGACCAAUUAAACCCGGUUUUUGCAGAUUUAUUAGUCAAUGCCAUUUCUAUAAACAGCGGAUAUACCUCGCAAAUAAUAGUAGGAAAUGACCCGGGAGAAUUACCCAAGCAAGUGGGCAACAAGACUGAAUGCGCCUUAUUAGGAUUCGUAAAAGACAUGGGCAAAAGUUAUCAAACCGUUAGGGAAGAAUGGCCAGAGACCGAACUUUACAAAGUCUACACUUUCAAUUCCGCUCGAAAAUCAAUGACGACUGUCAUCAAAUUACCCACGCCCGGAAAUUCUAAACCAACAUUUAGGAUAUUCACUAAAGGGGCCUCCGAGAUUAUUCUUAAAAAGUGCAAAUAUUCAUUUUCUACUAAUGGCACCGUAGUCCCUUUCUCGCAAGCAGAUAUGGAAAAGACUAUAAAUAGCGUUAUUGAACCAAUGGCCGCCGACGGCUUGCGAACAAUAGGUAUCGCCUACAAAGAUCUGGUUCCAGCCGGAACUCUUUCAAAGCAAAAGCCGACUGGGAAUCAAGAGGAAUACUCUCAAGAACUUGAUUGGGACAAAGACGACGAAAAAAUCUUGAAAGAUUUUACGCUGCUGGCUGUUAUGGGUAUUCAGGACCCUGUCCGACCGGAAGUGCCCGAAGCUAUAAGAAAAUGCCAGAAAGCAGGAAUAACUGUUAGAAUGGUAACGGGAGAUAACGUUAACACCGCGAGAUCCAUUGCCACUCAGUGCGGAAUUUUGCAGCCGAAUGAUACCGAGUAUUUGGUUCUGGAGGGGAAAGAGUUUAACAAUCGAAUCCGUAAUUCCGAAGGACAAGUAGAACAAAGCUUAGUGGAUAAGGUGUGGCCUAAGCUCCGCGUGCUCGCCCGCUCAUCCCCUUCCGAUAAAUACGUGCUCGUGAAAGGCAUCAUAGAGAGCAAGAUCAGUGAGAAUCGCGAAGUUGUCGCCGUCACCGGAGACGGCACUAAUGACGGGCCUGCCCUCAAGAAAGCUGAUGUUGGAUUUGCUAUGGGAAUAGCCGGUACAGACGUGGCUAAGGAGGCCUCGGAUAUUAUCCUAACGGACGAUAAUUUUUCUAGCAUAGUGAAAGCCGUGAUGUGGGGCAGAAACGUUUAUGACAGCAUAGCCAAAUUCUUGCAAUUUCAACUGACCGUAAAUAUAGUGGCCGUCAUCGUGGCUUUUGUGGGGGCUUGCGCCCUUUCGGACUCCCCCUUAAAAGCCGUUCAGAUGUUAUGGGUAAAUCUUAUAAUGGACACUUUGGCUUCACUAGCCUUAGCCACUGAAAUGCCCACAUCCGAAUUGUUAGAGAGAAAGCCUUAUGGCCGCACCAAACCACUCAUCUCUCGCACCAUGAUGAAAAACAUCCUGGGACAUUCGAUUUACCAGCUCACCGUCAUAUUCACUCUCCUUUUCUUCGGCGCACAACUGUUCGACAUAGACAACGGGGCCAGCGUGACCCUUCAUUCACCCCUCACGCAACACUUCACUAUGAUUUUCAACACAUUCGUCCUGAUGACCCUCUUCAACGAGAUCAACGCUCGUAAAAUUCACGGGCAGCGUAACGUCUUUAAGGGCAUAUUUCACCAUCCCAUCUUCUAUAUAAUUUGGAUCCUCACCUUCGCUUCACAAAUAGUGAUAGUGCAAUUUGGGGGAUACGCCUUUUCCACUGCUCCCCUGACGCUUUCCCAGUGGCUCUGGUGCUUAUUUUUUGGCGUCGGAGAGCUUCUAUGGGGCCAAAUCGUCACGUCACUACCUACCAAGAGGUUGCCCAAAAAGUUCACCUGGGGAGGUGGCAAGCAAAUUAUCGAGGAGAUCGAGGCCCAAAAUUUACCCCACGACAUGAUGCUAGGUGGGAUAGGAGGUCUGGGAGGCGGGCCUGGUGAUAGGAGAACCAGUGGUCAGAUUCUUUGGAUAAGGGGUCUCACUCGCCUACAGACGCAAUUAAGGGUAGUUAACGCCUUCAAGAGUAACCUGGAAGAUUUGGAAGAACGUAGAAGUGUCCGAAGUUUUUAUAGCAUGAGGCCAUCACGUAAUUCUUCCUCCCACACUCCCCUUCAUCCCCUCUCCUCUGCGACUGCCAAAAAACAGGCUUUUGGAACGGGUGGUGGAAGCCGCCCCACCUCCGCUGAUAUAAGUUUCAUUGACGAGGCUCCACUUUCCUCAAACUCCCUGUUUCCCCUCUACGAGGAAUCGAGCGCCCCAGCUCAACGCUAUGCCGACCGCAACCGCAAUAAAAAUAACAAUAAUUUUAACGGCCAAAUAUCUAUGGACACGAAUAGAAUGGAAGCAGGAAACUGCAGAAAUGUAUCAGGUGGCGGAGGCGACGCGGAAAGACGUGAGCCCGGGAGAGCUUACCUAACCAUGGUCACUAAAGGGGGCAUCGCUGAAUCUGUUUUGCCUCUCGUUACCAGACUCAAUACCACUACCACAACUAAGAUGUGAUUGGAGAAAAAGCUGCUAUGUGUUGUGUUAUAAUAUAAGAAUGAAGCGCGAAUUUCUAUUUUAAAAAGAAAAUAAUGAUGAAUAUUAAGAACAAGCAUUUUAUGAAUGAUAAAAGGUUGUAUAAAUAUUUUCAAUUACUAUUAAAUAAUAAUCAUUAUAGCUAAAUCAUCAUCUGCCGUAGUAAAUGAAAUUCAUUAGAUAUGAAUAAAGGUCAGGCAUUUUGUGAUUUUAUCUUAAAAUCUUUCUUGUAGACUUAAUUUUUUUUUAUAUAAUGCUUUUAAACAAAAUCUAAUGACUGUACAUUUAACAUCCUCUGAUAUAUCCAUAUAUGGAUGGGUGCGUUGUAUUACUUUAUUUAUUUCGAAUAAUGUACAAUACUUUUAGAAUGUGAUAAUUUAAUUAGCUAUUGUUUUUAAAAUUAUGAUUAUGGAAUAUAGUAGACAUCCUUUUAUAUAUAUACACAAACUUUACCUUUUUUUUCUUCUUGUCAAUAGUUAAAUCACACUUGCCCCAGUAAUCUGCAUGCAUUUGUCAACAACAUUCAUGAUGUAUAUAAAUAUUAAAUCAUUUUCAGAACUGAGCUUUUCAGGACAUUCAUUCGUCUUUUUUUGUAUAUCGAAUAUAUUAGAUUUUCUUGCUUAUAUUUAUCCCAUCCACCCGACACCAACCUUUUAUUUUAUUAAUAAUUCAAUUCACGUAGAGACAAUUAAUAGCUGUUAUUAAAUUUUUUUUUAAAAUGUUUGUCUUGACCGUAACAUUAUUUAAUAGUUUCUGCAUAGCCCCACUUCCUCUGAACAUAACAAAAAAUCAAACUGUUUUUAGGAGAAAUUUUAUCUCUAGAAAAAUUGUAGCCGCAAAAAUAAUGUAAUGUACAUAAAUACAUAUUUUAUACGUAUAUUUUUUUAUAUAAUUUUGUUUAUAUUUGGCAAAAUCAAAUUUUUGAAAUUUUUUUUUUGCGCUGAUAACUAAUAUUUUAUUAUUAAUAAUUUUGUAUUCUUGAAUUAUCAAAAAUAUGUAAGGAGCCCCCUCCCUGGCAUCGCUUUUUAUAAUAAUUAUGUUGGUUUCUUUUUUUAAAAAAAAAAUAAAAUACAUUUUUAAUUAAUAUUAUACAAUUUAAAAAAAAAAAGAUGUACAUUUUCAAAUGUAAUAAUAAUUGGCUUUAUAUAUAUAAAAUUUCUCACUCUUUUCCUCGCGAAAUUAUUUU